GAAGCUUCUCCUCGACCCAACUCUUUUCUUCUUUUCUCGCCACAUCUGCGCUCACCCCAUUGAUUUCCGCCUCAAACCGUUCUCUGUUUGGAUUCUUGGCCCUUUUUGCUUCUCUCACAAGACACUACAUUACAUCUCCAUCAUGUCCUUGUCCUGGACCAACGAACCUCCCAAGGGAAGGGUCCCGUAUGCGAUUCCUCAGCUGGAAGGCGAGCGCAUCACGAUUCCCGGCAGCAAAGGCGCCUUUCGCAUUCUAGCUUCCUCGCUACAGACCAAUGGCUUGAUGUCGGUCUUCCAGAGUGGCGCCGUCCUGUCCGAUGCUCCCGGCUUCCACUAUCACAACCAUGCACACGAUGUCUUCCUGGUAACCAAAGGUUUCCUGAAGUUGUGGAACGGCGACAAGUGCCGCAUCAUGGGGCCUGGGGAUUUCGCAUAUGUGCCUCCUACCGUGGUCCACAACCCUGAAAUGAUAGGCCCCCACACCGAGACCUACGGAGUCGUCACCCCGGGCGACUGGGUCGACUUCUUCCGAUACGUAUCCGAGCGCUACGAGGGCGUGUUGGUGCCGGAGAACGACGACCGCGACCUCAAAUCCAUCCUGAUCCCGAAGGUGAUGGCAGCGAAGGAACAAUUCGACGUGGUGUUCCAGCCGCACUACCAGCCGCCCGAGCUCGGCGAAUGGACUCAGGACGAGGAAGUGCUGCCGGAGGGUCCGCAGGGCUACUUCCUGCGCGCGAACACGGGGCCGAAGUGGAUGUUUGGGGGUGUCAUGUCCCGGCCGUUCGUGACCACCACCCAGAGCAGCGGUGUCUGCGCCAUCUCCAGCAUCGAAUCCUCCAAGGUCUACGGGGAUACCAUUCUGUCCAAGUACAUGACCUUCCAGUCCGUGGAUCACUGUCUCUGUGUGCAGGAGGGCACGUUGAUCGUCAGUCUGAAGGACCAGGCUGAUACGGAGUUCAGGGAAGGUGAGACAGCUGUGAUUCCCGCCGGACAGGCGUUCGCGUUGAAAUUCGCUAGUCGCUUCGUGCGGGUGUGGUCUUUUACGGAUGGUGAUGGCAUUGAGACGCUGAUUCACCGGGUCGGUCAGAAAUAUGAGGGCGCGGUUAUUCCUGAUCAGGUACCUGAGUGGGAUGCAGCCGAUGUCAAGUCAGUGGCGGCCGAAUUGAAGGUGGAUAUCGCUUUAUGGAUAAUGCAACCUCAGGCUGAGGCUCGCCCAUCUCCCGCACCGCAGGCUGCCGGGGAUGAUAUCCCCCUGCCUCGGGCCAAACGACCCCGCGCAGCCCAGGCCUGCGAUAGGUGUAGAUCCAAAAAGUACAAAUGCGACGAACAGUAUCCGUGUUCGCAUUGUAAGAAAAGUGACCUUACCUGCGUGUACCAGGGGAACUACCGACAAAGAGAGAGCAGCCGCUCCGCCAGGUAUGUCGCCGAUCUAGAGCGAAAGGUGGACGAACUCACAGCCAAGCUCCGCCUGGCCGAGUCGGAAACCACCCCGCAGCCACCUCCGAGAGUGCCUACGACUCUCGCAAGUCCCGGCCCUGCCCAACAUCCACCGGUGCCUCGAGCUGCCAUUGAUGCGACGCCCGUCUCAUUACCUCGCAAUGAGUCCACCCCUCGUGAUCGCGAAGAGCCAGCCCCCACCACGCUAUACGACCACCACGACGAAGCCGGCGACUCCGUUGAAGACGAAAUCAGCGAACUGAACCACCACACAAAUGGCAUCGAGUUCCACGGCAGCACCUCGUCGGCCGCUCUGCUCGGCCAUCUCCAGAAGGCGCGCGAACCGCUCUCGCGCCGACCUGAAGAACAGCGCCAACAUCCUCGCGGCGUUGACACGUCGAGUUACUCGAUUGUCUCGACCCUGCACAACUCAAGCUUCUCGCCCUCGUGCACGGCGGGUCCGGCACAGCCGGUGGUGAUGCAGGAGCAGAAUUAUUACUUCGAGCACGCGCACGCCUUCAUAAAUGGGUAUUUUGAGAACAUCCACUUCAUUCAUCCGCUGAUCGAUAAGGAGGAUUUUCUGCAGCGAGCGCACCAUCUGUGGUUCCAGCGGAACGUGCAGCCGGAGCCGAGCUUCGUGGCCCUCUAUUUGAGUAUCCUUUCUUUUGGUGCGUUGGUGAGGGUCUGGGAUGAGGAGCGCCUUGGGGGAUUGACGAGGUUUGAGUGGAGUCGAAAGCUGUUUGGGGAGGCGCAGAUGUAUUUGAAUUACCUCCAUUUUUCGAAUACUCUGGAUACUGUGCAAUGUUUGUAUCUCAUGGCCAAAAUCUGUCAAAACGAACUUAAUCCGAACAUGGCCUAUAUGUAUUUGGGGCUUGCAGUGCGUACGUGCCUGGCCGCUGGGUUUAAUCGCGAAGUGCGAAGCACGGAUGAUCACCGCGCUGGGUGGAUCUCGAAGACUUGGUGGGGUCUCUUCUCGUUAGAGAUUGAGAUGAGCUUUUCAGUUGGCCGGCCAGACACCCUAGGCAUGGACGAAUAUCAUAACCGAGCCCUGCCUGAGAGAGACAACUCCGAAUACGCCAUCAUACCUUGGAUGGUUGACUUUGCACAGAUCAUCCGCAGAGUUUCCGUGCAGAUCUAUCACUCACGGAUCACAUUGCAGGAGAAAUUACAUCUAGCCCUCCAGAUUGAAACCGAGCUCGACCGCUGGAUGGCGCGACUUCCAGACCGGAUUAAACCCGAUAUGUUGGAACGAGCAACCGGCGGUGCUUUGAGAGAUCCGAAGUGGGCGCGUCGACAGCGACUGGUUCUGGGAAUCCGCUACUUCAACGUCAAGAUGCUUCUUUUCCGCCCUUUCUUAAGCCACUUUACCCGCAAGCUUCGCCAUCCGCCCAUGGAACUCGAACAGACGAUAGCCAAGUGCCUCGACGCGGCUAUGAAGAGCAUCGAGGUGAUCUAUGAUAUAUACCGGAUUCAUGAAUUCUUUCGGUGCUGGUGGUAUAACACGACCUACGUGAUGUUCGCGACGUCCACUCUUCUCCUCCCCAUGUCCAAACUAGGGCCCUGCACGGAGACCGUCCCGCUGCAGCGAUCUGUCGAGAUGGGCGUCGAGAUCCUCGAGGCAAUGGACGAGUCCAUCGUCGCCCGCAAGUCCGUCGAGAUCAUCAAACACUACCUGCGCGAAUUCCGGUCGCUGCCGUCUUCCACCUCCUCGCUGUCGCAUCUGCAUCAGCAGCACCUGCAGCAGCACCAGUUGCAUCAGCAGAGUCUGGCUUCGUCCACGAGUAGCCAUGACGGGGGGAGUAACGGCGGUGGUGGUGGGGGCAGUGGAGAGUAUGCGGAUACCAGUCCGAGUGGCACAGGGUUCGAUAUUCCGGAAUGGGCCUACGGCUUUGGCUUUCCGGACUGUUCCUUCGAGGGCAUUGCGAGGUUGUUCGAUGAUUUGGGCGGAUUGCCGAUGCUGGAUAAUUGAG